AUGGAUAACGUAGAUUUCCCCAGCACCAGCCUUGACUCAACCUCGUACACCUAUUAUUAUGACAACGAUGAACUCUGCAACAAAACAAGUGUCAUCCAAUUUGGAGCGAUCUUCACUCCAGUCUUUUUCUCCAUUGUGGUGAUCCUCAGCAUCUUUGGCAACAUCCUGGUCCUUGUGGUCCUGGUCAAGUUUGAGAAUUUGAAAUCCCUCACCAACACCUUCAUCCUGAAUCUGGCUGUAUCAGAUCUCUUCUUCACAGCUUCUCUGCCCUUCUGGGCCUACUACAACAUGCACGGAUGGACCUUAGGGGAGCAUGCAUGCAAAAUAGUGAACUUUAUCUUCUGCCUUGGAUUCUACAGCAGCGGUAUCCUCCUCAUCCUGAUGACUGCUCACCGCUAUAUAGCUGUUAUAAAUCCUCUGUCUGACAUUGUUUCCACCACAGGCCUUUACAGUAUUGUAGCAUCUGCGAUAAUUUGGGUCGUUAGCAUCCUGGUUUCCAGUCUAGCUUUUGCUUCCACCAAAGUUGCAGAGUCAAAGUACUGUGUAUAUGCCGAUUCUUUUUGGAGCUUGUGGGGAAUCUACCAGCAAAACAUCCUCUUUCUAAUUACCUCAGUGGUAUUCAUGUUUUGCUACACUCAUAUCAUGUGCAGGUUGCUUCAUCCUGUGCAAAGAAGACGAAACAAAACUUUGAAACUAAUUUUUAUUCUCAUGGUUGUUUUCCUUGUUGGAUGGGUACCUUACAAUGUAGUGAUAUUUCUGCAGUCAUUUUCCUACUGGCCCAGAGAAAGUGAGUCAUUAGAGGAAGAUUGUCAAUAUAGCAAAAACCUGGAUUAUGCGCUUGAGAUUACUCGACUUUUUGCCUUUUCACAAUGCUGCCUUAACCCUGUGUUUUAUGUGUUUGUGGGGGUUAAAUUCAAAACCCAUUUGAAGAAAAUGCUAAAGAGCUUGGGCCACAAGAAAAACAAUAACAGCUUUCGCAACAGACAAAGCCGGCACACAAUAACAUCAGUAACAAGUGGUGAGGAGUUGUCAGUGGCACCUUGA